GACGCGGAAGCGGCUGUGGAGGGAAGGUGGCGGUUCUCCCUGAGGACAGGAGGGCGUGGCCUUUUUCUCAUUUCCAGGUCCUUCUGACUGUGUGAGGGGAGCUGAUUAACAGGCUGUGGGGACGCCUUUGAAGGCACAUUCUGUGACUCAACAUAUUGUCUCCUGAGGAAACAACCCAGACCCCAUCAGGACCAUAACAAAAUGGCUGCUUCUCAGGGACCAGUGACCUUCAGGGAUGUGGCCAUAGAUUUCUCUCAGGAGGAGUGGGAUUUCCUGGACCCAGCUCAGCAGAAAUUGUACCUGGAUGUGAUGUUGGAGAACUAUAGCAACCUGGCCUCCCUAGCUAUACCAUCUAAAGAUAACCAAGCCUUUAUGUUAAAGCCCAGAAUACAGGAUUUAUUCCCUGAAAUAAUACUGGGUGUUCAUACUGGAGAGAAACCUUACAAAUGUAGAGAAUGUGGCAAAGCCUUUAGUAAGUCCUCCAACCUUAAUCGUCAUCAGCGUAUUCAUACUGGAGAGAAGCCUUACAAAUGCACAGAAUGUGGCAAAGCAUUCAUUGAGUCCACAAAACUUAAACAACAUCAAACAGUCCAUACUGGAGAGAAGCCUUAUAAAUGUACAGAAUGUGACAAAGCCUUUAGGUGUUCCUCAACACUUAGAAUUCAUCAGAGAAUUCACACUGGGGAGAACCCUUACAAAUGUAGAGAACGUGGCAAAGUCUUUAGACAGGCCUCAAAACUUACUGAACAUCAGAGAAUUCAUUCUGGAGAGAAACCUUCUAAAUGUACAGAAUGUGGUAAAGCAUUCCUCUAUGCCUCACAAGUGAUUCAACAUCGGAAAGUUCAUACUGGAGAGAAACCUUACCAAUGUAGCGAAUGUGUCAAAGCCUUUAGUGAGUCCUCCCACCUUAAUCGUCAUAAGCGUAUUCAUACUAGAGGAAAGCCUUACAAAUGCACCGAAUGUGGCAAAGCAUUCAUUGAGUUCGCAAAACUAAAACAACAUCAAACAGUUCAUACUGGAGAGAAGCCUUAUAAAUGUACAGAAUGUGACAAAACCUUUAGGUGUUCCUCAAGACUUAGAAUUCAUCAGAGAAUUCACACUGGGGAGAAACCUUACAAAUGUAGAGAAUGUGGCAAAGCCUUUAGUGAGUCCUCCCACCUUAAUAGACAUCAGAGAGUUCAUACUGGUGAGAAGCAAUACAAAUGUACAGAAUGUGGCAAAGCCUUUGGGGACUCCUCAUCCCUUCGUUAUCAUCAGAGAGUUCAUACUGGAGAGAAGCCUUUCAAAUGUAAAGAAUGUGGCAAGGCAUUCAGUUUGCCCUCAUCCCUUAAGUAUCAUCAGAGAGUUCAUACUGGAGAGAAGCCUUUCAAAUGUAAAGAAUGUGGCAAGGCAUUCAGUUUGCCCUCAUCCCUUAGGUAUCAUCAGAGAGUUCAUACUGGAGAGAAGCCUUUAAAAUGUAAAGAAUGUGGCAAGGCAUUCAGUUUGCCCUCAUCCCUUAAGUAUCAUCACAGAGUUCAUACUGGAGAGAAGCCUUUCAAAUGUAAAGAAUGUGGCAAGGCAUUCAGUUUCGCAUCAUCCCUUAAUUAUCAUCAGAGAGUUCAUACUGGAGAGAAGCCUUAUAAAUGUAGAGAAUGUGGCAAAGCCUUCAGCCACUCUUCAUCCCUUAAUCAACAUCAGAGAGUUCAUACUGGAGAGAAGCCUUAUAAAUGUAGAGAAUGUGGCAAAGCCUUCAGCCACUCUUCAUCCCGUAAUCAACAUCAGAGAGUUCAUACUGGAGAGAAGCCUUAUAAAUGUAGAGAAUGUGGCAAAGCCUUUAGCCUGUUCUCACACCUUACUUCUCAUCAGAGAGUUCACCGUGGAGAGAAGCCUUAUAAAUGUAGAGAAUGUGCCAAAUCCUUUUGCAACUCCUCAGUCCUUACUAGGCAUCAGAGAGUUCAUUCUGGAGAGAAGCCUUAUAAAUGCAGAGAAUGUGGCAAAGCCUAUAGCCAGUCCUCACAGCUUACUACUCAUCAGAGAGUUCACACUGGAGAGAAACCUUAUAAAUGUAGAGAAUGCGCCAAAUCCUUUGGCUCCUCUUCACAGCUUACUACGCAUCGGAGAGUUCAUACUGGAGAGAAGCCUUUCAAAUGUAAAGAAUGUGGCAAGGCAUUCAGGUUGGCAUCAUCCCUUCAUUAUCAUAAGGGAGUUCACCAAGGAGAGAAGCCUUAUAAAUGUAGAGAAUGUGGCAAAGCCUUCAGCUACUCUUCAUCCCUUAACCAACAUCACAGAGUUCAUACUGGUGAGAAGCCUUUCAAAUGUAAAGAAUGUGGCCAGGCAUUCAGUUUUGCAGCAUCUCUUAAUUAUCAUCAGAGAGUUCACCAUGGAGAGAAGCCUUAUAAAGGCACAGAAUGUGGCAAAGCCUAUAGCCAGUCCUCACAGCUUACUUCUCAUCAGAGAGUUCACACUGGAGAGAAACCUUAUAAAUGUAGAGAAUGCGCCAAAUCCUUUGGCACCUCCUCAGAGCUUACUAAGCAUCAGAGAGUUCAUUCUGGAGAGAAACCUUAUAAAUGCCGAGAAUGUGGCAAAGCCUUCAGGCAGUCCUCACACCUUAGAAAUCAUCAGAGAGUUCUCCAUGGAGAGAAGCCUUAUAAAUGUAGAGAAUGUGGCAAAUCCUUUGGCUUCUCUUCAGACCUUACUAUGCAUCAGAGAGUUCAUUCUGGAGAAGCCUUAUAAAUCUAAUGAAUGUGACAAAGCCCUUACCAAGUCCUCAUCUCUUAAUUAUCAUCAGAGGGUUCACACCGGAGAGAAGCUUUGUACAUGUAGAGAAUGUGGCAAAGCCUUCACUGGGUCAUCAAACCUUACCAGCCACCAGAGAAUU